UAUGACGUCAUGGCAGGCACAUCGGAGCCCACGGGGGAUGCAAAGUUGGUUUUUCUGCUUUCGAUGAUGCAAUCAUUCAGCGACACUGGCGGGCAAACCCCUCCGGGGCGGGGGGCGGUACCGGUGCGAUCUUUACACCGGGAGGUCGAUCCCAACCAGGCCACCGCCGCGCGUCCGCACCGCCCACGUGUCCCCGGACGUGAGUGCCCUCGGAGAGAGCCAAUCAGCGGCAGGCGUGGGGCGGCGACCGGGCGAGGAGGUGCGGUACACAGGGGGGGACGCCCGGAGGCGUCCGUACGUUACUGCCCCGCGCCGGAAGGCCCUAUUUUCACGUUCUCUUCCCUCACCCUCUACCCCUUCCCCGGUCCCAUAAAAUCCCCGGCUAUGAGCCGGAAGAGGCAUCGCCUGGUCCCGGAGACCUUUGGACUGAAGAGGCGGCGGGAGCGAGGGCCUGUAGAAUCGGAGCCUCUGGGGGGCGAGUCAGGGUCGGCGCGCGCGGCAGUCUCGGAGCUAGUGCAGCUGUUCCCGCGACGCCUCUUUGAGGAUGCGCUGCCGCCCAUCGUGCUGAGGAGCCAGGUGUACAGCCUGGUGCCUGACCGGACUGUGGCCGACCGGCAGCUGAAGGAGCUUCAAGAGCAGGGGGAAAUCAGAAUUAUCCAGCUGGGCUUUGACUUGGAUGCCCAUGGAAUUAUCUUCACCGAGGACUACAGGACCAGAGUCCUCAAGGCCUGUGAUGGCCGACCCUAUGCUGGGGCAGUGCAGAAGUUUCUGACUUUGGUGCUUCCGGCCUGUGGGGACCUUAGUUUCCAGCAGGACCAAAUGACACAGACCUUUGGCUUCAGGGACUCAGAGAUCACGCAUCUGGUGAAUGCUGGAGUAUUCAACGUCCGAGAUGCUGGCAGCUGGUGGCUAGCCGUGCCUGGAGCUGGGAGAUUCAUCAAGUACUUUGUUAAAGGGCGCCGGGCUGUCCUCGGCAUGGUCCGCAAGGCCAAGUACCGGGAGCUACUCCUAUCUGAGCUCCUGGGCCGGAGAGCGCCUGCUGCGGUGCGUCUUGGUCUUUCCUACCAUGUGCAUGACCUCAUUGGGGCCCAGCUGGUGGACCGCAUCUCCACCACUUCUGGAACCCUCCUCCGCCUGCCAGAGACCUGAGGAUUCUGCUCAUCAUUGCACAGCUCCCCAGAGUGGGCCAAGAGGGGUCCUGGAGUGCUUCCUGAUGGUGGCUGAGACACGAUCACCUUGGGAAGGCUUGGGCUCUCGUCCAUGCAAAGGGUCAGAUGUGACUGCGGCUGUCUGCCUGGGCUCUGAGCCAGGGGUGGGGUUUGGGUGAUGCUCCUCUGCCCUUCUGUGGAAGUGGAGCCAGAAGCGGUGCCAAGGCUGUGGCUGCUGCCUUUCAUGUAAAAGGGGCUGCUGUUCCUCUGUCUUGAGAUAAGACAGUGGGAUUUCUGGGGAGGCUGGUGAAGGAGGACAAGGUUCUUUUCCCUACAUGCUGUGUUGAAAUUGCCAAAUAAAGUACUUCUGCCUGUG